UUUCCGGAGACCGCGCAGCCAAUGAACGCAUUCCACAUGCGGACAGCGAGAGCAGUGCAUGCGGAUCAGGAGAGCGGCACAGCGGGGACACGCGAUUGGUGCUGAGAAUACCGGCACUGUGCUGCAGUUUACGGGAACAAGCCGAGGAUAGAUCCGAAAGACUAUUUAAGUGCUUCGUUCGGUUAUUUAGCACAUUAUAAAGACACUAGAACUCCCGGCAGGUAUCGAAAGAACUUAAAGAUCAAGAACAAGGAGCGAGUUUGCGAUGCGCGUUGUGUAAUUUUUGGUUGAAUUAGUCCGGGGUUUUAACAUUUCUUCUCAUUAAACGCCAGAAACUAAAAAGUUAACAUUGGCUUGUACCGUAUACUGUGUAUCUGAAGUCACUGCGGUGGUUUUUGGAUCAAGUUUUUCGAGGGUCCGAAGGUCUUGCGAGUCAGGACUGAAGGCUUUGAAGAAGCGUGUUUGUGGGGGGUUGCGAGUCCGUUCAUAAUCAGCGUGUCCGUCCGUUCACGAUGGAGAACGCACAUACGAAAACCGUGGAGGAAGUUUACAGCCAUUUCGCUGUGAACGAGAGCACUGGGCUCGGCCUGGAGCAAGUGAAGCGUCAGCGGGAGAAAUGGGGACCGAACGAAUUGCCAGCGGAAGAGGGAAAAUCACUGUGGGAGUUGGUGGUGGAGCAAUUUGAGGAUCUUUUAGUGAGGAUUCUUCUCUUGGCAGCUUGCAUAUCUUUUGUAUUGGCCUGGUUUGAAGAGGGAGAGGAGACCAUUACAGCAUUUGUGGAGCCUUUUGUAAUAUUGCUAAUUUUAAUAGCCAAUGCCAUUGUAGGUGUCUGGCAGGAAAGAAAUGCAGAAAAUGCCAUUGAGGCCCUAAAGGAGUACGAACCUGAGAUGGGUAAGGUCUAUCGCCAGGACAGGAAGACUGUACAGAGGAUCAAAGCCAGGGACAUCGUACCCGGGGACAUUGUGGAAGUUGCCGUGGGUGACAAAGUUCCUGCUGACAUUCGCUUGACUUCAAUCAAGUCAACGACUCUGAGGGUGGACCAGUCCAUUCUAACAGGAGAAUCUGUGUCAGUAAUCAAGCAUACAGACCCUGUCCCUGACCCUCGAGCUGUGAACCAGGACAAGAAGAACAUGCUCUUCUCUGGUACCAACAUUGCUGCAGGCAAAGCAGUGGGUGUAGUGAUCGCGACGGGUGUGCACACCGAGAUCGGCAAAAUCCGUGAUGAGAUGGUAUCCACGGAGCAGGAGCGCACGCCGCUGCAGCAGAAACUGGAUGAGUUCGGCCAGCAGCUGUCUAAGGUGAUCUCACUCAUCUGCAUCGCCGUGUGGAUCAUCAACAUCGGACACUUCAACGAUCCCGUUCACGGUGGCUCGUGGAUCCGUGGGGCUGUGUACUACUUCAAGAUCGCUGUGGCAUUGGCUGUGGCCGCCAUCCCCGAAGGCCUGCCUGCCGUCAUCACCACCUGCCUUGCUCUGGGGACCCGUCGCAUGGCUAAGAAGAACGCCAUCGUACGCUCUCUGCCCUCAGUGGAGACCCUCGGGUGCACCUCCGUCAUCUGCUCAGACAAGACCGGCACCCUGACCACCAACCAGAUGUCCGUUUGCAGGAUGUUCAUUGUUGAUCAGGCAAAUGGAAGCAGUUGCUCUCUCAAGGAGUUUUCCAUUACUGGCUCCACAUAUGCCCCUGAAGGACAAGUGUUUAGUGAGGGUAAACCAGUAAAAUGCUCCCAGUAUGAUGCUCUGGUUGAACUGGCCACUAUCUGUGCUCUGUGCAAUGACUCGUCUCUGGAUUACAAUGAGGCCAAAGGUGUGUACGAGAAGGUGGGUGAAGCCACAGAGACUGCCCUCACAUGCCUGGUGGAGAAAAUGAAUGUGUUUGACACACAACUGAAGGGCCUUUCCAAAGUUGAGAGGGCGAACGCUUGCAACUCGGUUAUCAAGCAGCUGAUGAAGAAGGAAUUCACUCUGGAGUUCUCUCGAGACAGGAAGUCCAUGUCAGUCUAUUGCACUCCCAACAAAGCUCACUCCUCCAUUGGCAAGAUGUUUGUUAAGGGUGCUCCAGAGGGAGUGAUUGACAGAUGCACACACAUUCGUGUAGGAGGGAAUAAGGUUUCACUGACAGCAGCCAUGAAAGAGAAGAUCUUGUCUGUGAUCCGAGAGUAUGGCACAGGACGUGACACACUACGCUGUCUGGCUCUGGCCACCCGCGACAACCCAUUGAGUAAAGAGAGUAUGGCACUGGAGGACUCAAACAAAUUCAUUGAGUAUGAGACGGACCUUACCUUCGUGGGAUGUGUGGGCAUGCUAGAUCCACCCAGAGCUGAGGUGGCAGCUUCCAUCAAACUGUGUCGUCAAGCAGGCAUCCGAGUCAUCAUGAUUACCGGCGACAACAAGGGCACGGCCGUCGCCAUCUGCAGGCGCAUUGGAAUCUUUGGAGACGAUGACGAUGUGUCGAGUAUGGCCUACACUGGUCGAGAGUUUGACGAUCUGUCUGCUGUGACCCAGCGCGAGGCGGUGCUCUCUGCCCGUUGCUUUGCCCGUGUCGAGCCAUCUCACAAAUCCAAGAUUGUGGAGUAUCUGCAGUCCUACGAUGAGAUCACUGCCAUGACUGGAGAUGGUGUGAAUGAUGCACCUGCUCUGAAAAAGUCUGAAAUUGGCAUUGCUAUGGGGUCCGGCACAGCCGUGGCUAAGACUGCCUCUGAGAUGGUCCUUGCUGAUGAUAACUUUUCCACCAUUGUGGCCGCUGUGGAAGAGGGUCGAGCCAUUUACAACAACAUGAAACAAUUCAUCCGCUACCUCAUUUCCUCAAAUGUCGGCGAGGUGGUCUGUAUUUUCUUGACGGCGGCUCUGGGUUUUCCCGAGGCUCUGAUUCCAGUUCAGCUUCUGUGGGUGAAUCUGGUGACAGACGGUCUGCCUGCGACCGCGCUGGGCUUCAACCCACCUGACCUGGACAUCAUGAGCAAACCCCCUCGCAAUGCCAGAGAACCCCUCAUCUCUGGAUGGCUCUUCUUCAGAUACCUGGCCAUUGGCUGUUAUGUGGGUGCUGCUACUGUAGGAGCUGCUGCAUGGUGGUUCAUUGCUGCUGAAGACGGACCCAGAGUCACUGUCUAUCAUCUGAGUCACUUCCUUCAGUGUGCACCAGACAACCCUGAGUUUGAGGGGCUGAACUGUGAAGUGUUUGAGUCUCCCUAUCCUAUGACCAUGGCUCUGUCUGUACUAGUCACCAUUGAGAUGUGCAACGCCCUCAACAGUGUUUCUGAGAACCAGUCUCUGCUUCGCAUGCCCCCCUGGGAGAACGUGUGGCUGCUAGGGGCCAUCUGCCUCUCAAUGUCCCUACACUUCCUUAUCCUUUAUGUGGAACCCCUGCCGAUGAUCUUCCAGAUCACCCCACUGAAUGUGACCCAGUGGCUUAUGGUGUUGAAGUUUUCCCUGCCAGUCAUCUUGCUGGACGAAGUGCUCAAGUUUGUGGCCAGACACUACCUGGACAAGCCCAAAGACCUGGACGGUCCCAAGAGCAUGGCCUGCUCUCUCAGCACCUGCACAGAGGGCAUUUCCUGGCCCUUCGUGGCUCUCUCACUCCCCUUGGUGCUGUGGAUCUACAGCACUGACACUAACUUGGCCAAAAUGUUCUGGUCUUGACUUAAAUGAGCACAGAUGUGUGAAGCUAGUGUGCACGCGUGUCUGUUUGUAUGGCUGUGCGUUUAAAGUGUGCCUCCGCUACAGAAAUUGUGUACGAGAAGGACCGGAAUAACACAAAAAUAACCAUGAUCUAGAAAUAUAACCUUUUUUUUUAACUGUCUGUUGGGGAUUGAGGAGACCAUACAGACCUGAAGUCUUCAAGUAUUAGUGGCCAUUAAUAAUCUUUUUGGACUUCCUGUUGGUUUCUUUUUGUUAUUGCAUUUUAAUUAAUCAUGUGUGUCAUGUCUCAUUUCAAACUAGAAUCAGUUAUGAAUCCAAUUAGAUUUUGCCCCAAAUCAUGUUCAAAUGGCUAAAUGGAAAAAGUGCUUAUGUAUAGACAUUUAACACUAUUUGAUGCAAUUGUUCAGUUGUUGUCAUUUGUUCAAUUUGCUAACAGAGAGCAGAGUGGGUAGGGUAGAAAAAAAAGAGAGAGAGAACAAGACAGAGCUGUUAACUAAUGUUUACCUUUAUGUCUUCGGUUUGAACAUCACUCAGAGCCAAUAGACAAGCAUGGUGUUUCAAAGCAGCAUGAGGAAGAGAGUGUGGGACUGAAUGUUUGAAUGCUUCACGGUCAAAUCCUUAGAUGAAAGCUGCAUGUUCUGUAUUUUGCAUGCAUUUUGUGUGGUUUUUCACUUAUGAUUUGUACCUGUGUGUCUUUUACUAUGUGUAAUAACUUCCAUAUGUAUGGGUAUACAUUGUGGUUCCACUAUUACCUGACACUUUUGAUUAGUAAAGCCAGUUUUUCUGCUCUAGGCAGAGUACAGCUACCUCAGGACUGUCGGAUUAGACUCUCUCUGGUUGCCCCCCCCCCCCCCCCACUUAGCAGAUAAACAACUCCGAUACCUUUGGCCCUAACAAAUCUGUUUUAAGUUCUUUCUUUUUCACUGUAUUUUUUUAAUUGAAUGAAGUUGCAUUAAUUUAGGUGUUUUUGGGGAUGGGGGGGGGGGAGUGGAUAAAAGCUGUAAAUGUUUGGUGGGUUAAGGUCCGAGACAAAGGAGUAGAACAUUUUACCAACAAAGGUUUAGGUGUUGCAUUCAAAACAUGAAUUUUACACUGCAAAACCAAAAUGUUUCAUGCUAUCUUUUUUUUUUCUACUUUAAGAAAAUACACUCAUGAACCAUUUGAAUUCAAAUGCGUGUCUUCAUUUUACAAGCUGGUCUGUUCCUGUAAUGCAGCACGGCAAGUCUUAGGAGCAAAUAUACUUGAACAAAUGGACUUAAUGUAAAGAGAUUUAGUCACGUAAAUGAUCACAAGAUUGACAGCUGGGAGGGGCUUCCUGUUUGGUCCUCACCAGCCAGUCUGGUAGUGGCCUGUAUAUUUGUACACAUGCAGCACAAACCCAAACUGUUAAAAGUAAAAAAAAAAAAAAAAAUUAUUUCGAGCUUUCUAUCAUUUAGUUGUCCAUUGCAUCAUACUAAUUUUUGCUUGCUAAAAUGGAUGCAUGUGCUUGACUAUGCUUGGUGUGGAACUGUUUUUUUUUUCUAACAAUCAUAAACAUUCCCUUAAAGUUAGUCUUACUGACAUUGUCGCUACACAUUUCUCCACUCCUUUUUUUUUUUUACGACUAUCCCAAAGCCUCAAGUUUUCUGACAAUGGACCAACCCUGCUAACAUGUAAAUCUGCUAAAAUCCCACUACGACUACUGUGGCUGUUUAUAGCUGCAUUAACACAUGCCCAUAUUAGCUUGAAUGCAUUCCACUGUUCUAUUCCAAUGCAAUAUAUGCUGUUUUUAAGAAAUCUAUAAUAUAUUGUAAAGACUUCGUAAAUUACGUGUGUGAUUGUUUUCUUUGCCCAAUCUUGUCUCCGAAUGAAAUGAAUACACCAUUAGUUUUUAUUAGAAUGGUCCGUACACUGUGUUCUGACUUGCUCAGGAACUGAACAUGGAUGUUGGCAUAAAUGACUCGAAUGAAAACACUCUUGCCAUUAGAAAUAUGUUGCAGUCUUUUCUUUUUCUAGUAAAUGUUGACUUUUGUAUAAACGAUCACACAAUUAUUUUCCCCAUUGUUAUACUUGCUGAUAUGCUAAAUAUUUAUUUAAUAGUGCACUUUAGCGUUUGCAUUUUAUUCCAAAACAUUCAAAAACACCUUUUUUGGGGGCAGUUUUUGUUUCUGCCUCUGCUUUUGUUGGGAAACCUCAGGCUUCUGUGUUGUGCAUGUCUGUUUUGAGUGGCUUCAUUUGACUGAAUAUCAGAACUUGCAUGUUGAAUGUGCAGUUCAGAGAAAAUAGCCACCAUUGCACUGCCAGAUCACAUGUAAUAAUGGACUCCAUAAUAAAAAAAAAACUACAUUAUAAUGAAUAAAUGACCGAGAAAUAAGAGUAAUAUGUGUGUAAGGAAGCAAGCAGUAUCAGCAUCAUCUUCUACCCUUCAUGACAAUGUUUACAUUGCCUAAUGCUGACGCAAGGAGAGUUUGCUGCAUUUUUUUUUUGUCAACUGUCAUAGUUUUAUAUACAUAUAUUAUAUAGUAAAAUGCAUGCUUUCAGUUGUAAUUAGCCAAAUAAUUUGAUCUAUAUUUAUAUAGCAACUUGCUGUGUACAUUGCUACUUAAUGGUAUAUGAUUCAACACAUCAUUUUACAAAUAAAUUCUUUAGUUAAUUUA